GUAUCAGAUUAAUUUCCCCAACCAAAUCAAAUCACACAUGAGCCAAGACGAGGAGGCAGCCGACGAACUGAAGCACUAUUCUCGCUUUGUGCUGCCGACGCGUGAAGUGUUUGCCCUGCACGACCGAGUCUACAUUAAGCCACCAAGCGCAGGUGGACACGAGGGCCCGUUCAUUGCACAGAUUGUUGACAUUUUCAGUGCCUCAGAGCCAGGCAGCGAGAUCUGGAUCCGCGUCAAGUGGUACUACCAGGCAGCAGAUACAAAGGCACGCGACUUGCCCUGGAUUGGCGAGAGCGAGCUGUUUGUAACAGACCAUUUUGACGUUUGCCCCGCAUAUCGUGUCAUCGGCCAAGUGAUUGUGAUUGAUGGCGUCGAUCAGUUCCAAAACUACCAAGUCAACUGUGUGCGUCACCGUCUGCGAAAGAGCUUGCCAGAGGAAGAACUUUUCGCGCCAGUCGACAUUUCCAACGUCUACUAUUGCCGCACCACGUACGACCAUCGCAAGGGCACAGUUGAUACAUCUGCUCUGAGCUUGCUCUGUUGCGACGAGCCCCAUAAUCCCGACUUGCUAUAUAUUGAAUGCGACGAGUGCAGGUUUUGGUAUCACGCCAAGUGCGUUGGAAUAGAUUCGAAUGAGCCGCUCCCUGACUCUUAUACCUGCCCCAACUGCUCAAGCAAGAGCAGUACGAUAAUGAUACAAUGAUGUGUUGAAACAUGGCCUAUUCCAUAUUUCAAACAAAAAUAAAUACGACUACUUUUGAC